UGUGUGUGGGGUGAGGUGGGGGGGUGCUACACUAGAUGAACGAAGCCGUAAUUCAGAGUUGUUUUAAAGAGGAGAACAUGGAGGAGGACAUUAGAAAGAAGGGUAUGCUUUAUCUGCAGCAGAAAGGCUUUGGAAAGAAGUGGAGAAAAGUGUGGUCCAUCCUGUACUGUGAAAGCACCUGCUCCAUCUCACGCCUUGAGUUUUUUGAUUGUAAAGAUGGCGGCUCUGGGACGCUGGAGAAAUCCAAAUGCAAGCAAGACACCAAAAAGAUUAUCAGACUGAGCAACUGCAUUCGUGUGUCGGAUGCCGCAGAUGUCGACGGCUGCCCCAAAGACUGCAAGGCUUUCUUAGUGGAAACCACUGAGAAGACUUUUAUCUUCGCUGUAGAAAUGGUUGAAGUCGAAGACUGGAUGCAGAAACUGUGUGAAAUUGCAUUUCCUAUGAACUGGAGUGAAAGAGGAGCGACGAAGAGGAGCAGUUUACCGCAGGAUCCUGACGACGUCUCCAUGACGGACAACUCGCUGUACUGUGGGAAAGAAACACACACCGCAUUAAGAGACUUCAAGGUGAUAAUCAGACGUACGGAUGCUGCAGAAAGGUGUGGGCUGAAAGGACAGUAUUUGCUACGUACAGACUUUGACAGCUUGCUGCUGAAGGAGCCCAAGACAGGGGAGGUGUACUUCUCCUGGCCGUAUAGAUACCUGCGUAGAUUUGGACGAGACAAGACCACAUUCUCCUUUGAGGCCGGACGUAGAUGCGACUCCGGUGAAGGAAACUUUGAGUUUGACACCAAGCAAGGCAACUUCAUUUUCCAGUAUGUGGAAAGUGCUAUUAACUUACAGAGAGCAAGUUUUUCACAGCAACAGCCUUCAGGCGGGAUCCGAGAUCGAGAACCUUUACCUACACCACAGCCACCCAAAAUCGCCCCCCCAACGGAGGACAAUACUGUUUACAGCAUGCUGAAUGACACAGCUGUAAAGGACAAACCCAAGCAAUCAUCACCCCUCCGCAUCAGACUGGAGAUGCCUACAGAUAAACAUCUGACUGGGGUUAAGAGUUUGAACAUUGAAACACGGCCGCUGCCAAGGAAGAACCAGGUCAAGAACUUCCGAAGCUGUCCUUUAGCCAACACGGAAGACCAGGCCUAUUCCCGGGUCGCGGCACCACAUCCAGAUAAAGAGAUUUCAGACAGAGCUGAGCAAGACCAAGAGCAACACCAAACACUUCGUACUUGUUCCAGCUCACCAGAUUCGGACUAUUCACUUCCUUUCGACAGCAUCGCAAAGAAUGUGAUGAGGGACUUCUUGUCAUCAUCGCUCCUGCCACCAGCGCCAAUGGUGGUAGAACCUGGUUUGAGUAAUGAAAGCAGAGAGAGAAAUGAAAAGAGCGCGGAGCCACUUUACGACAGCAUCGACGAGUCCGCCAUCAGAUCCUUCCCUCCCAAACCCCAAAGACAUUCCAGUAAAUACUCUACAGUGGAACACAUUUACGACGAGCCCGAAGGUUGCGCCACGACGCCUCGCCCUCCGACGGCGCUCUAUGACGACCCCGAGGAGGUCCGAAAUAACGCCUGGAAGACCAUGGGCGCCGCAUCGGAUCCGAGCGGACACGAGUUCCCGUAUAAUGCCCACGUGGAUGACUACGCUGUUCCCAAACCCCCUCGGAGAGCCAGGAUUUCAGAGCAGGAAAAAGAAAGAGGAGAGAAAAGCAGAAAGCAGAACGUGAGUGAGGAGGACGAGGACGCGUCACCGUACGAUAAUGUCAUGCUGAAAAUAAAAACGAGUUCCCUAAACGAAUAACCUGAAAAUCUUUCAAAUCAUCUGUGAAGAAAUGUACAGUCAUUAUCAGAGCUUCUCCAAUGGUUUGGAAAUUUUAAAAAGGCACUGAACAAAAGAAAACUCAGGACAAACACCAAAUCCUUAACGUGGAAGGAAUAAAUCAUGAUGUGGCAACGUGACGUGACGCUACACAUCCAGUUUCUAGUUUCUUGUCUCUACUUUUCGUCUCUCACCUGCUUAAUGCCAUUUAUACAGCAGCAAUCUUCCAGAGAUGAUCUAUUUUUUUUAUUUAUUAAACAAUGACAGGUUGUACUUUAUAUCCAUUUAUAUUUACAUUUAAUAUUUAGGAACAUCCAAGGAACAAGGUUCAUCCUGCUCCCAUGGAAAAACGCAGAUUGUCGCGUUACUGAGAAACGUUCGAUUAUAUAUAAUAAUUUAUAAGUAUAAACUCCUCCGUCCUGAAGAUGGUGGAAAUCCUACAGUUCCUGUUCGAGCUAAAAGCUGUGACUGUUACAAAAACGCGGUGACACUGGAGACACCUUCCAUAAAAGUUCAUCAUCAGCUACAAUCACGAAGCUGCUGUUCUAGAAAACAAAUCAACACCUUGUGACCAAUCAGAAUCCAGAACCAGCGUCGCUGUGAAGGAGAAACGGCGUAAGUGUUGAAUUCGGUGUGCAAUUACGUCACGUGUACGCGGGUUACUGCAUAACAUCUGGACCUGAAUAAUGUACAGGAUUUUCUCAAAAGUGUUUCUCCUGUUUUUUAUCACAUUCUUGUAUAAUUUAAUGUUAAUGUUUCACUUAUAAAAUGAAGUGUUGUGGAUUCAG